AUGGCGUCACCAAAUGAGAAUCAAGCGCCCACAAAGGGCACAUUUCUGAGUCCACUCCAAGUCCCGACUUCUUCAAGGAGAGAGCGAUCCUCAUCAGCUUCCUCCUUGGGAGCAUCUUCAAGUUGGUCUGGUCACACCGAGAUGCAUCAGACUUCAUCAUCCCCCUCGUCUCCGACAUCACCCACUUCCCCUAAUUCCCUGAAUUCACCAACAUCACCCACAUCGACACUCUCGCCCGAAAUGGCGGCAAAUGCAGACCCGUCCCGCCUGAGGGUCCAACCAGGCUUUCAUCGGCCCUCCUCAUCGAUUGAUGGCGAGACAUUGCGCGCACGCUCAGAGUCAUUCGCGUCGUCAUCAGGUCCUACGCUCCGUUCAAGAGCCAACUCUGUUGAUCCCUCUCAUGCAGCCAAGGAGUUUGAUGACGUCCCCGUCUCGGAAGCGCUCAAGUCUGAUGCCCGAACUGCAGCCGACUUUGAAGUGCAGGACAAUCGGUUCGCCUUCUCGCCGGGUCAGCUGAACAAGAUGCUGAACCCCAAGUCUCUCGCGGCUUUCUAUGCCCUGGGUGGCUUGCAGGGUCUGGAGCGGGGCCUUCGGACAGAUCUGCACGCUGGUCUCUCAAUAGAUGAAUGUCGUCUCGAAGGAAGUGUCGAUUUCCAACAGGUCACUCCUCCGCUGUGCGAGAAGACGGGCGCGACCGGGAAUCUAAAAGAUCUACGUGAUGAUCAGUUGACCGAGACUCCCACCCCCCUCCCCACCGGAGAGGGUAAACCGUUCGAGGACCGAAUUCGGGUCUUCAAUGAAAACAGACUCCCGGAGCGCAAGUCGACCAGUUUCUUGAGGCUCCUGUGGAUGGCUUACAAUGACAAGAUCAUCAUUCUUUUGACCAUUGCAGCCAUCGUGUCCCUCUCUCUGGGAAUCUAUGAGACGGUCGAUGGAGGCACCGGUGUGGAUUGGGUCGAGGGUGUCGCCAUUUGCGUGGCAAUCUUCAUCGUCACCGUUGUGACCGCCGUCAAUGACUGGCAGAAAGAGAGACAAUUCGCCAAGCUUAACAAGAGAAAAAAUGAUCGUGAAGUCAAAGUCAUUCGAUCCGGCAAAUCCAUGAUGAUCUCCAUCUUUGACAUUCUGGUCGGUGACAUUCUUCAUCUGGAGCCCGGUGAUGCAGUCCCCGCAGAUGGUGUCUUGAUCUCCGGCCAUGGUAUCAAAUGUGAUGAAUCGUCCGCCACGGGCGAGUCGGACCAGAUGAAGAAGACCAAUGGCCAUGAGGUUUGGCAACAGAUUGUUGAGGGUACCGCGACCCGGAAGCUCGACCCCUUUUUGAUCUCCGGUAGCAAAGUGCUCGAGGGUGUGGGCACUUAUCUGGUCACGAGUGUUGGGCCAUACUCCUCAUUUGGUCGGAUCAUGAUGUCGCUCCAAACCUCGAAUGACCCCACUCCGCUGCAAGUGAAGCUGGGCCGUCUGGCCGAUUGGAUUGGGUAUUUAGGCUCAGCGGCCGCCAUUGUUUUGUUCUUCGUCCUCCUGUUCAGGUUCAUUGCCCAGCUCCCCGACCACCCGGACGUCAGUCCUGCGGAGAAGGGUAAGGAGUUUGUCGAUAUCUUGAUCGUCGCCGUGACCGUCAUUGUUGUCGCUAUUCCAGAGGGCUUGCCAUUGGCUGUGACUUUGGCUUUGGCCUUUGCCACGACGCGAAUGGUCAAGGAGAACAAUCUUGUGCGAGUCUUGCGUGCUUGCGAGACCAUGGGCAACGCCACGGUGAUUUGCUCCGACAAGACAGGUACCCUCACGCAGAACAAAAUGACUGUGGUCGCCGGUACCUGGGGCCCAGAUCAUCUGUUCUCGCAGGCAGCGGACAAACAAGCAGACAAGCCCACCUUGUCCACCGCUGAGGUAUUUCAGAAAUGCUCGUCUUCUGUGCGCGAUUUGAUCACCAAAGGCGUGGCUUUGAACUCUACCGCAUUCGAAGAGGACCGUGAAGGCCAGCGCGAUUUUGUGGGCAGCAAAACCGAGGUUGCUCUACUCCAAAUGGCUCGAGACCAUCUGGGGAUGGAUCUGGCUGUCGAGCGUGGAUCGGCCGAGACCGUCCAGCUUAUCCCCUUUGACUCGGCCCGCAAGUGCAUGGGUGUUGUCUAUCGUCACGCUGGCGUCGGGUAUCGCCUUCUGGUCAAGGGAGCCUCGGAGUUGAUGGUCGAUGCCUGCACCCUGCAGAUCUCCGAUAUCGAGACGUCCAAAGACACAAUCUCGACAGAAACUCUCGGCGAGGAUGGCAAGCAAAAGGUCAUGGAGAUGAUUGAUCAGUAUGCGCGUGAUUCUCUCCGAACGAUUGGUUUUGUGUACAAGGAUUUUGAAUCAUGGCCCCCUCGAGACGUGAAGAGACACGAGGAUGACCCUUCUGCUGCCGAUUUCGAGGACUUGUUCCGGGGCAUGACCUGGAUCGGUGUGGUCGGCAUCCAAGACCCUCUUCGACCCGAGGUGCCUCCGGCGAUUGAGAAAUGUCGUAUGGCUGGUGUUCAGGUCAAGAUGGUGACUGGUGACAACAUUGCAACUGCCACUGCGAUUGCCACUUCUUGCGGGAUCAAAACUGAAGGUGGUCUUGUGAUGGAAGGCCCCAAGUUCCGACAACUGUCCGACGAGGAAAUGGAUGAUGUCGUCCCCCGACUCCAGGUCCUGGCCCGCUCUUCGCCCGAGGACAAGCGUAUUCUGGUCCAGCGAUUGAAGGCUCUCGGCGAGACCGUCGCAGUAACGGGUGAUGGGACGAACGAUGGCCCGGCUCUGCGCACCGCCGACGUGGGUUUCUCCAUGGGCAUUGCUGGUACAGAAGUCGCCAAGGAGGCCAGUUCGAUCAUCUUGUUGGACGACAACUUCCGUUCUAUUGUGACGGCUAUCUCUUGGGGGAGAGCCGUGAACGAUGCCGUUGCCAAGUUCUUGCAGUUCCAGAUCACUGUCAACAUUACCGCCGUGGCUCUGACUUUUGUUUCUGCCGUCUACAGCAGUUCGAAUAGCAGUGUAUUGAACGCUGUUCAGCUGCUUUGGGUGAAUUUGAUUAUGGAUACCUUUGCUGCUUUGGCACUGGCCACCGAUGCUCCUACCGAGAAAAUUCUCGACCGCAAGCCGGUGCCAAAGAGCGCUUCCCUCUUCACCCUCACCAUGUGGAAAAUGAUCCUCGGUCAGGCAAUCUACCAACUUGCGGUGACGUUCAUGCUCUAUUUUGCCGGAGAUCAGCUCCUCGGCGCCCACCUUGACUCGACCGACCUCGACCUUCGAUCGAAGCAGCUUUCCACCGUCGUGUUCAACACGUUUGUGUGGAUGCAGAUCUUCAACGAAUUCAACAACCGCCGUCUCGACAACAACUUCAACAUCUUUGAAGGCAUGUUCCGAAACUACUGGUUCCUCGGCAUCAAUGCCGUCAUGGUUGGCGGACAAGUCAUGAUUGUGUACAUCGGCGGUCAGGCCUUUGGCGUCACCCGACUCAGCGGAAUUCUCUGGGCUGUGUGCAUCAUCUGCGCCUUAGGCUGUCUGCCCUGGGCCGUGGCCUUGCGCACUCUCCCUGACCGCCACUUUGGCGUUGUGUUUAACGGUGUCGUGAGCGCGACGAAGGUUGUUCUUCACCCCGUGGCCCGGGGGUUCAGCGCCGUUGCAUCGGGCAUCAAGUCCCUGUUCAACCCCGCUGUUCGAUUCUCUCGCCGUGUGUUUUCGCGCAGUGGUCGCAAAAAUCCCGACGACAAUGAUGAUUCGUCGAACAUUGCGAUGGAACAAUCUUCUGGCCCUGCAACUACGGAUGAGGAAUCCGCUCCUGCACAACAGAAGACUUCUCGCAAGGAAAGUUUCGAUCGUCCUCGAACCCCGACCCAGACGAUGACUGUUCCUCCUAUUCUUGUUACAGCUUCUCCGUAA